AUGAUGGAUAUGUUUUAUUCAUUAGUAGAUGUGAAUCAACGAUUUAAUCGAUUAGUAUUCGAUUCUCUUUGUAUUCAUCAUCUUAAUUUUGCUAUCAAACAUUUCGAUAUUCAUCAGUAUGCGACAUACAAUGAUAUUCUCGAUAGAAUUUGUUCAAAAAUUUUACCUCGAAUUAAUGAUAAAGUAAAUAAAUUGACUGUUGAUCCACUUUCUAUGAAACAAAUUCUUUGUGCUGUUCAUUAUCCUCAACUACAUUCAUUAUCAUUGAUCAAUUAUCAACCAGAAAUACUUUCACAACAUUUAUCAAAUAAUGACACCCUAUAUCAUCUUCUGAGUAAGCAAAUUACACAUCUUACUGUCAAUAUUUAUUCUAAGAAAGAAGAAAUAUCGAAUGGAAAGAAACGAAAUAUGUUGCCACUUAUACUAUUUAUCGGUCAUAAGUUAAGUGAUUUGACUUUUUUACAAGAAAUGCAAACAAAAUAUAUAACAAUUUCAUAUUUAAAUACUUCACACAUAAAAUGUCUAUCUUCAACUGUCACUAAAUUGAGAGUAAAUGUAAAUACUUUUGAUGAUUGUCUUUAUCUUCUUAAUGGAUCUAUUAAAUCUUUAUCAACGUUAAUCAUUCGUAUUUAUAAAAUAAAACGCUCAUCAUCCAAGAUAGAUAAUACAAAAAAACUUGUCAAAUUAAAAUGUUUUGCAUUAACAACAAAUUGGCGUACAUAUUAUUAUGAUGAACAAGUUGUUCCAUUACUUCGUCGAAUGUUAAAUCUUGAAGAAUUAACAUUACAUCUUUCAGUAAUAAAAAAUCAAUCAACUUAUAUUGAUGGUAAUCAAUUAUAUGAUGAUUUUCUUAAUUAUAUGUCACAAUUAAAUAAAUUUAUCUUUAAUAUACAUACUCAUAUUGUUAACAAUUCUAUUAAUAUUAAUCUUCCAUCGAAUGAUGAUAUUCGGAAGAGUUUUAUUAAAAGAGGAUUUUAUUCAAUUGAUAUAUAUGCUGAUGAUAAACUUAUUAAUAAUAGAGGCAAUUGCCAUGUUUAUUCUCUUCCAUAUCAAUUCAAUGAGUUUUUAUAUAUGAGUAGUUGUUUUCAAGGUGGAGAAUUUGAUAAAGUUCGAAUGUUAUUCAUGCGUGAUGAACGUCCAUUCCAAUAUAAAUUAUUUCAAAUUAUUUCUCAAGAUUUUCCUUUUCUUCAAAAAUUAACCAUAUUUAAUCUUCAAUCACAAGAAAAUGAACAACAUCAUUCAUCUAUAUUGAUUAUAUUUAAUCAUCUCCUUACACUUGAUCUUAAAACAGCUAUUUCAAAUGCAUUUCAAAAUCAGCAAUAUGCUAAUGCAUCAUCAGCAGAUCAUAUUCAACAACAAGCAUUAAUCGAAUUUAAUCGUAUGGUUGAACAACUUCGUUCACAUGGUAUUUAUGUGGAUGUAUUUGAUGAUACACUAUCACCAAUAAAACCUGAUGCUAUUUUUCCAAAUAAUUGA